CCAUUUUGGCUCAAGCCUGCCCUGGUGCCAGGGUGGGCAGGAACGCGCCGUGCCUCUCCUUCUCGUAGGAGAGAGCGGCUCUGUCCUGCUCCCCGUGUCGCGGCCCCUGCCAUGGCGGCGUCGGGCGGCGGCACCAAGGGGAUGGAUCUACGGUCGGACGGCGCUGGACUGGUCAUCGCGAUGGCCGUCCAAGGCGCUGCUCAGGGAGCGGCGGCGGGCGGCGCCUCGCGGCAGGCGAUCGCGGCUGCCGUGGCCGCAGCGCUGCGCACCGCCUGGGCGCUCCUGGCGGACGGCGGCUCCGAGGAGGACGCCGAGCUCGCUAUGCGCUGGCAGGCCAUGGAGCCCGCCAUGCGCCAGCAGCUGCGGGGCGUGCAGGCGUGCGGCGCAGCCCGCGCCAGGCGCAACGUCGGGGCGCACGUGGUCCUCGGCAAGGGCGUGGAGGCCCUGCGGGAGGCCCUGGUGCGGCCGCAGCGCGCCCAGCGUGGCGGACGCUGCGGGCCCCGCGUGCCGGCGCAACCGGACCUGGCCGAGGCGGGCGGCGGCGGCUCGACCCCGCCCUCUCCGCCCAUGGUGCCGAGCGCGGCGGUGGCCACGGAGGUGGGCGGGAACCCCUUCGACGACCACGCCGACGACACCAUGCUGGAGGGGUCCGUCGGCGACGGCGCGGAGCUGGACGUGGACGUGUGCAAGGGCACCGACCAGGUCGUGGACAGCUCCGAGGCGCGCGUGGACGCGAGCGAGCAGGAGCACCAGAGCCCCUUCGAGGAGGACACGGUGCUGGGCGAGGUCCCGCCCUUCCCGCAGCUCAGCGCGGCGGUGGGCGAGGAGGCCGUCGGAGGCCCCUUGGAGAGUAUCGUCGGCGCCGAGCUGCAGGGUCAGGAGAGCGAGGAGGCGACGAACGACGACGACUUUCUCCCCUCGAUCCUCGCCAAGAUGGAGGAGUCGAUGGAGGCCCAGCGGCGGUCCCAGGCCAGCCUCGUGGAGGACUUGGCCAAGUUGCGUGCCCUCCGAGCGCAGGAGCUAUCCGUGGCUCUGCGCAAUGGGGUGGCGGGCGCCGUCGACGAGGCCAAGGUGCGCUUUCGGGCCGCCGUGGAUCGGCUCCGUCUGGCCGAGGCCGCCUUCGACAGCAAGAUGGCCACCUUCCAGCGGCAGUGCGAGGUCCUGCAGCGGGCGUCCCAGCGGCGGUGA